UGCAUGUUCAGAGUGAUUAGAUUAUCAGGAUUUUUGAAGGUAUUGUCCUACUAAUUGACAAUGGGGAAGAAGGUCAAGACCGGAAAAAACCGUUUAGACAAGUACUAUCAUUUAGCCAAAGAGCAAGGUUACCGAGCGAGGUCCGCUUUCAAAUUAAUACAACUUGCGCAAUACAAUGAUAUUUUUUCUAAUUGUCGAAUUUUACUUGACUUGUGCGCUGCUCCAGGAGGAUGGUUACAAGUUGCGCAAAAAAACAUGCCCGUAUCCAGUCAAAUUAUAGGAAUUGAUUUAGUACCAAUAAAACCAAUUCAUGGAGUUAUUACUAUCCAAAGUGAUAUUACAUCGCAACGUUGUUUAUCUUCGAUAAAAUCGCAUUUAAAAGGAGAACGAGCAGACGUUGUUUUGCAUGAUGGUGCUCCGAAUGUUGGAACAUCUUGGUCGUAUGACGCAUAUUCUCAAAAUGAGCUAGUACUUAGCGCUCUACGUAUUGCUGCAACAUUUUUACGCUCAGGAGGUACUUUUAUAACAAAGGUUUUCAGGUCCCAAGACUAUUUAUCACUUUUAUGGGUUUUCCAACAACUCUUUUCACGUGUUACUGCUACCAAGCCCUCUUCCUCAAGAAAUAUUUCAGCUGAAAUUUUUGUAAUUUGUGCCGGAUAUCGUCAGCCUGAAAAAUUGGAUACCAAAUUUUUUGAUCCGCGUCACGUAUUUCUUAAUUCGGAAAGUCAAAAUACGGGGGCGACAUCUGCCCUACAAAAGAAGAACAAACGUAGUUUGACUGAACUUAUGAAAUCAGCAAAUGAAAGACAUCGCCAAGGAUACGAAAAAGGAGACGAUUAUAAAGAAGCAACAGUUACAGAUUUUUUAAAUACGGAAAAAUCUCCGGCUGAAUUCAUUAUGACGCAUCACAAAUUCGUUUUCACCAAGGAAAGCGAAGAAGAACAAAAACUUUUAAACCAUCCUUUGACUACUCAAGAAGUCAUUCUAUGUUGUGAUGAUUUAAAGGUUUUGGGUAAGCGUGAAGUGACCUUGUUAUUAAAAUGGCGUCAUAAAUUACUAAAGGAGAAUAGAGAUUUAGAAAAAGAAAAUUUAGUUCAAGUCAAUGAACAAAAUUUGAGUGAUUUGGACGAAUUUUCAGAAUCGCGUUUAGAUGAGAAAUUACAAACAAUGAAGGCUGAACAAGCCAAACUAGCCAUUAAAGAAGCGAGAAAACGUCGGCAACUGGAAGAAAAACUUAAUUUAAAAAGCAAAAUGUCGCUAGGAGCUUUUAAUCCUGUUGAAAUAGAUCCGGAUUUGUUUUGUUUAAAAGACAGCAAUGUUUUAGAAGAAGAAGAUCAGGUGCUACAAGCAGGGAAGUAUUACGACAAGGUUCAAAAAUUGGAUGAGGUUUCAGAUGACUCGUCAGAACACAACGAGUCUAUUUUUUCUCAAACUGACGGAAAUACAGACAUUGACUAUCUUACAGAGCAACAGCGCCUUGAAGAAAUGGCCCAAAAUUUAGAUAUAUGGGAAUCUCAAAAAAAAGAUAGACUAAGGGAAAAAGAAGCCAAAAGGCAGUUGAAAAAGAAGAAGGAGACAAGACGAGAGUUGGCCUACGCCGCAUGGAACAAAGAAUUAGCAGAAGUUGCGAAUAAAGGACAAAACUUAGAAACCCAAGUGGACACGUCUGACGACGAUGAGGAAAACGAAGAUGCAGAUAUGUUAUCAAAUAAUGAUACACUAGCAAAAAAAACAGGUGUAAUUGGACAAGGUAUCGAAGAUAUCCAGAAUGACAUAGAUUUUGACAAAGGUAACAACAAAUUAGCGGGAGAAGGCACGAAGAUUCAGCAAAAAACAGAUCGGUGGUUUAAUCAAGCUCUAUUUAAAGAAGCUGGUAUAAGUUUGGCAACUGUGUAUGAUGAGGUUGAAAAUUUUAAUACAAAUAAUGGCGUGGAUGAGGAUUUCAAUAUGAACGAGGAAAACGAUAUACGUGAAGUCGAUGAAGAUAAAUUAGUUAGCUUACCGUUAACUGAGAAGAAGCAACGCAAAGAAAAAAGAAAGCGUGAGUUAGAAAAGAAAAAUUCACAAUUAGAAUCUCAGCGGAAAACAUUGAAAAAAAAAGGAGUUUUAGAUAUAGAACUGAACAAUGUACUCGAUACGACGGCUUUAAAAGACAAGGACAAUUUUAGCUUUACGACUGUACCAAGAGAAACUACAGUGCAAAACAAUGAAGGUUAUGACGAGGAAGAAGAAGCGAAUGAAGCCUCCACCUGUACGUUUGUACCGAAGUCUCAAAAGGAAGUUUCACAGAUACAAGCUCUUGGAAGUCUUUUAUCAAAAAAACGAACUCGGUUUGAUCUUAUUGAUGGCGCUUAUAAUCGUUACAGCUUUGAUGAUGAUGAAUGUGUUCCUGAGUGGUUUUUGGAAGAUGAAGAACACCGAAUGCGGCCUGAACUUCCAGUUACAAAGGAAGUAAUGAAAGAAUAUAGACAAAAAUUAGCUGAAUUAAGCAAGAGACCGAUUCGAAAAGUUUUGGACGCUCAAGGUCGUAAAAAACAAAAAAUGCGAAAGCGCAUUCAAAGUGCGAAAAAUAAAGCUGAAGUUGUGGCGUCUUCUGCUGAAUAUACAGAAUCUUCCAAGGCAGCAACAAUACAGAAAAUAAUGAGAAACGCAACGCGAGAUACUGCAAAGGGAAAAACAUACGUAGCUUCACGCAAGAAAGGUGGUAGUACAACCGUUGGACGUAACCGCCCAGGAGAAAAGGGUGGAAAGGUCCGAAUGGUCGACAAGCGUUUAAAGAAGGAUAAACGAGCUCAAAAACUAAAAAGAAAGCGUUCAAAACGCUAAUUUCCUUAUUAAAAACUUUUUUUAAAAACCAAAUGAAUAAAGUUAGAAAUUUUUUAAUAAAACACAAGCAAAAUAAUUUUUCUACGACAAGUUGCACGAACUAUGUAUGGCU